AUGGCUUCAUCGCCAAACAUAGUUAUAGUUGGAAUUGAUUUCGGUACCUUUUCAAGUACUUUUGCUUAUUGUAAUAACUGUAACGUUAAUGCUGAAAUAGUGACAAACAAUUUAUGGCCUGAGCAACUUGGAGUUUUUAAAACUAAUACUGUAUUGCAAUAUGAUAAUGAAUUGAAAGUUAUAUCUUGGGGUAUAGUUCCGAAACCCGAAAAAAAAAAAAAGUAUAAUCCAAUUAGAAGUUCUACUAUUAGUGGAAAUGGACGUACAAAUAGAUCAUGGACUACUGAACCUAAUGUUUCUAGGACAACUAGUUUACUUAUUGAAAAUAGACAAACUAUACUUGCAAGUUUGUUUAAAAUUCAUUUAGCAAAUGUAUUAGAAGAAGAUAAACCUCCAUUACCUAUAGGAUUAGAUUACAGAAAAUGUAUAGAAAUGACAAAGGUGAUUAAAAAUACUAUUUCUGCAAGAUGGCCAGGCGUCAACUUCUACCGAGAUGUUAAAUUUCUUAUUACGGUUCCGUUAAAUUUUUCAGAGGGUGCAAAAGAUAUCGUUCGUUAUUGUGUUUCAGAAGCUGGUCUCUUGGAUCAUGCAACUUCACCAAAUCUGGAAUUUUUAUUAGAAC